UCCGGAAGUGACGUAAGUGAAUCUGAAAUGCCUGUUCAUCAAAACAUUUCUGGUUCAGCGAGAUCGCGAGUAAAAAGUGGGCGUUCAAACACUCCAUGGAGAAGGAACCAACCGGACAAUGGAGAUGACAAGGAUUCAAGACGGAAUAUAAGGACAGCGGACAAAAGACGAAAGACUCCGAAGGCAACAGAAAUCGUAACGAUCCCGAACACGUUGAACAAAGAACCGAUACAGGACGUGAAUGACCCAGAGGAGAAAGCACUUCAGUAUAUGGCGGAACAUAUCAAGGAUUACAGUCGUCAGCGCCUGCGCGCGGUACAUAUGAGUCUUCGUCACUAUAGCAACGUAGAACUGAGAGUGUCCCAGAAGGAUCUCGGUCAGGCAUUUCAGGAGAAUCAUGUGAAAUUGUCCAACAGAGUUAUACAACUCCUGCUAGAGAGAUUCGAGGAUCAGCAUGGCGUCGACUUCGAGAAGAUGUACCGGUACCUUACAGACGCACAUACACGCUCGGGCAGGGACAGUGUGUUAGCGUUACAAUGCAGAAACGACAUGAUACCAAGGCCGGAAAUGACGUCAGAAGAGAGGGAUAAUGACAUUCUGGCGAGGUUAGAGGACCUGCUUGUGCGAAGUAAUACAUUUUUUGACCUACCUGAACUUCGAGAGGCCUUUCAGUACAAAGAUCGCGAUAAGACUGGUCGGAUCGAAAAAUCAGAGAUGUUUGACAUCUGUGGGCGGAGGAACGUUCCCGUGUAUGGCGCCCUCCUGAAGGCCCUGGUCAAGCGUUGUGACGGAGACAACAACGGCAUGGCAAGCUGGCCAGAAUUCCUAAGUUUCCUGGAAAAGGCACAAGAAACAACAUGGAAGAAACAUCCGGAAAUGGCCGGGUUACCGGAACAGGCAAAGAAAGCUCAGAUCCAAGCCGAUCCCAUUGUCGAGCUUUCAGAAGAGACAAAGUCCAAACUUAUCGGCAAACUUUUAAGCAAAAAGGCAUCCCUUUCUAAAGUCCGAAAUGCAAAAAAGAAAGAGGAAACACCUGUUGUAGUGAAAGAACAAUAUAAUGGAAACAAUACGAAGCCAGAGACAAACAAAGAGUCUCCAAAGGUAGAACCUGACAGUAAACAAGAAAAACAUAAUCCUGAUGCUGGGAAGCCAAAUCAUGUGAAACAAGUGAAAACAGAAGAGGUGCCGAAACCAAGCGCCGAAGAGGAAAAUGUUCCAAGCAGUAAAAAGGAGGAAACCCCUCCCAGCGAUACCAAACCGGAAGCUAUAGCCAAACCGGAAGCUACAAAGCAGUCUGAACCUGAAAGCACAGCAAAAACGGAGGAUAAAACAACCGCCGAAUCCAGUGAAGCAAAGUCGAAGAAACACACAGAAAGCAAGAAGAAGUUGGAGAUAGAAAAUAAACCAGUACCAGUCGAGGCGGAUGCGGCAACUAAGGAGGUCACUCCAAAACCGGACCCAAACUCGAAGGACGACCCCAAAAAAAAAGACAAAAGCAGUGUUGUGAAAGAGGAGGAAGAAGGAGGCAUGUUGUGUAUCAAACACGGAGACCAAACUAUCAAGCUCCCGAAACCUGCUAACUACGACCAACAGGAGGCUACGCUGGACCCGCCACAGGAACGACUUGCUCUCGACUGGGUAUAUGGUUACCGUGGUAACGACUGCCGCUCAAAUAUCCACGUGUUGGGGAACGAUGAAAUUGUGUACUUCGUAUCUAAGAUAGCAGUGCUCUACGAUCGGACCAGUCACCGACAGCGUCACUACCGGGAACAUACUGAGGACAUCAAAUGCAUUGCUGUCCAUUCAAACUUGUCGAUGAUCGCCUCAGGACAAUUUUCUGGCAAGGAUAACGUCUGCGCCCACAUCCGGAUUUGGCGGGUAGAUAAUCUACAGACAAUGUGUGUACUGGGAGAAGGAAUGUUCCAGAAGGCUGUUAUGUCUUUAUCGUUCGCCAAUGGACAGGAUUUGUUGGCGGCCAUCGACAACAGCCUGGAGAAGAAACUUACUAUUUGGGAUGUUGUUUCAGGAACAAUGGUUGCAGAAACAAUGAUAAGUGUGGACGUGAUUUGUGACAUUAAUUUCAACCCGAAGUACCCAGACUUGUUGGUAUCUACAGGUAAAGAACACAUCUCGUGGUGGAAGGUUUACAGAGGGAUCGGUACCAUACAGUCUGUCGCACAACCUGACUACGAGACAUAUCUUCGGGCCAGAUUUAUCAUCUGUCUUACUCAUAACGACAAAGGAGAUCUUAUAACAGGCGAUUCUAACGGCACGAUCUACGUCUGGGGCGACGGAGGGAACAAAAUCACCAAUUUCAUCAAACAUGCCCACGACGGGCCCGUUUUCACACUGCUUUCUUCCAAGGGACUUUUACUUUCCGGAGGCCGAGACGGAAUGGUUUACUGUUGGACUUGGAACAAGAAUAUGGAUCAAUCAGGAUCGUUGCAGAUUCCUCGGUCGGAAGGCGGAGUGAGAAUGAUCCAGAUACAUAAUGAGUCCCUACUCAUCGGAACUACCAUGAAUUCCAUGUUAUCCUCCUUCUUUCCUGCCAGUAAACAGUCCCCACUCACUGACGUCACCCUGGACGCGAUACCGAUCACACAGGGCCAUUUUGACGACCUCCGAGGAAUUUCUUGUGUGCCUCGUUCUGAAGUUGGAGGUGAUUUUGUCACAGCUGGGUUAGAUGGCAUUAUUUGUUGGUUUGACUCCAGUAGACGAGAUCCCGUCUGUAAACUCGUUCUAAAGGGUCAGCAGUUCCUUUGUAUUGACAGUAAUCCGUCCGGUAAGCUGAUCGCCCUGGGGACUAAAGAUGGACAUGUAAUACUGAUCAAGAUAGAAGGAGAGAGCAGCUCGGAUGCAUUUAACAAGAAAAUAUGCAAGGAUCGAAUCGACACCAUCAACUUUUCACCAGAUUAUCAACAUCUUGCAGCCGGCAGUCAUGACAACAGCAUCUACGUGUUUUCCUUGCAGCAGAAGGAGGAUGGCUCAUCGUCAUGGGAAUUUGUUGGAAAAUAUAAUGGCCACAAAGGACCUGUUAGCAGUUUAGAUUUUUCAUGUGAAAAACAGAACGGAUCCUACCUUGUGAAGAGCUGUUCUUCAAAACCAGAUAUUGAACAUUGGCGUCUCGAUGACCAAACCGCAGUGAAGGACCUUGAUAGCGCGGCAAUCCCAUGGGCAUCAAACCACUGUAAACUGGACAGUAAUGUAUUUGGCCUUUGGUGGUCCAAGCAGGCUCAGGAAAGUGAUGUCAAUUGCAUAGACGUCAACAGCGCCGGGAAUCUGGUCGCUAUGGGAGACAGUAACGGUUAUCUUAGCCUUUUCCGGUACCCAUGCACCAAGAGAGGGGCAUUCUGUCACACAUACAAGAGCCAUACGUCUAUACAGAAGCUUCUCUUCGUGCACGACAAAGUAUUUGUCAUAACUAUUGGUGGAAAUGAUUCAUGUAUUCUACAGUGGAGAAUUGUGUAAUCUUUGAAGAAUAAUCAAUAUGUUUUCCUGUUUGAGAUAAUGUUUUUGGUAUCAGAUAUCUUCUGUAAAUCUUAGUGCGCAGGAUGAAAAUAUCAUUCGGAAUAGAAUACGUCAGAUGACAUCAAUGAAGACUGUCGAUUCUUUUUUUCGGAAUGUGUCACAAAUGAUGUAACAGGUUGUGGAAACAAUUUUUCUUACAUAAAGGCUGUUUAUCAUACAAACAUGAAUCUGUUUAUGUGCGCCGUGUGGAAACAAUUAAAUUGAACUGAUAUGGUA